CCGGGCAGAGGCACAUCGGGCUUUUCUCCGGGCAGAGGCACAUCGGGCUGGACUCCAGGCAUCGGGUCACCAGGCAUCAGGUCAUUUGGCACAACAGCGGGCACCGCGUCAUCUGGCAAGACAGUGGGCACCAAGUCACCAGGCACGACAGUGGGCUCUGAGUCAAUUGGCACGACAGCAGGCACCGGGUCAUCAGGUACCGGAUUGUCUGGCUCGACAGCGGGCAUCGGGUCACCAGGUAUGACAGCGGGCACUGGGUCACCAGGCAUCAGGUCAUUUGGCUUGCCAGCGGGCACCACGUCACCUGGCAAGGCAGUGGGCACCAAGUCACCAGGCACGACAGUGGGCUCUGAGUCAAUUGGCACGACAGCGGGCACCGGGUCAUCAGGUACCGGAUUGUCUGGCUCGACAGCGGGCAUCGGGUCACCAGGUAUGACAGCGGGCACUGGGUCACCAGGCAUCAGGUCAUUUGGCUUGCCAGCGGGCACCGCGUCAUCUGGCAAGGCAGUGGGCACCGGGUCACCAGGCAUUGGAUCGUCUGGCUCGAUAGCGGGCAUCGGGUCAACUGGCCUAAUAGAAUCAUCAGGCUGGAUCAGUUCAUCAUGCUGGGUACAGGCAUCAGGCUGGGUACAGGCAUCAGGCUGGGUACAGGCAUCAGGCUGAAGUGCGGACGGCAGGCUGACCGGUUUGGAUACUGGCAGGGUGGUACUGGUUGGAAAGAAUUUUCGCUUUUUUCUGGUUUUAACUACUGGGGCACUGCAAGUAAACGCAGGUCUGCAAACGAAUGGAGCAGCUGGAGACAGAGAAGAGCUGGAGGAUGGAACAGGGGAGUGAACAGUUGCUACAGAGGACUUCUUUACAGGGUUAAAGGCAGGAUAGGUGCAGCGAGUGGGAACAGGGUACUGACAUGCGGUAGAUAGCAGGGCAGGAGGAGCUGUUGGGAAUGCAGGAAUAGAGCUUUGAGGAAAUAGAUUAGAAGCAGGACUGGGUUUUUUGCAAGCUGACUGAGGCUGGGUGCAACAAGUCUGACCAUGUCUGCAGUAUGGGUUGAACAAAGCUCAGCUUACACAAAGCCUGUCUGGUCAAUGACUGCACUGCGUUUAUACAAUCUCUUAGUAUCUGUGGUGAACAUGCAGAAUAACGCUCCAGAAAGUAAUCCACAUCAUCCUCUAAUAACCAUACCAGGGACUCUACCUGGUCGGCACUAAAUGGCGGCAAAAAUUCAUCCCUGCAUUCGGGGGUACCAGAUGAAACCAACUCCGCACAAACCUGAAUCAAUGGCUGCACCUCAGAGAAUUCUGUGCCCUGAUCUACUAGAACAUGAGCGAGCCGUAUACAUUCUAGCAGUUCAUCCCGGGUAUACUCCUUCAGAGUUUGAUAAGCAUAUUCUCUGUCACCAAACACUAGCAGAUAUAAAUACACAACCUCAUCAAGAUCCAUCCUUCCGAU